AUGGAAGACACAAACGGCACUCCAUCCAUCCCCGAACAGCUCUACCACACCACCCUAACGGUAGUCGACUUCCACCGCGACACCUCGGGCUCGACCCGCGACACACACGUCCUCGGCACGCACACAAGCCUCCCCGCCGCCAAGGCCUUCGCGCUCUCGGCCCUGGAGACGCUGGGCUACAAGCCGGGCGACUUCAACGAGUACGCCACGCGGGCCGACUACACGGGCGAGGCGGCCGAGAGCUGGCCGCACGACGACCACGUCAUGGUGUACGCGCGGGGCCCCGCGGCCGGCCACGAAUUGCUGGUGGGACUCGACACCAAGCCCAACACGGAGUCGCUGCCGGCGGUCGGGGCCGAGCACGAGGACCCGAGCAAGAAACACACGCUGCGGCUGCCGGAGGGCGGCGAAGGCCGGCUGCACUACGUGCUGCAGAACCGCACGGAUUAUACCCAGGACAAGCGCGCGGCAUACCAGACGGCCGAGAUCCAGGGGUGCUAUACACGGCGUGAGGAUGCCCUGGCGGCGGCUAGGCGGACGCUGCAGGAGGAUCGUGAUGAAUACGCGCAGUAUGAUGAGCGGCGUGAGGACCAGGAGGAGGGAUGGCCGUUUGGGGAGGAUGUCAUUGUUCAUGCUGUGGCACAGACGGGAGAGAAUUACACAGUUGCAGUGAAGGCGACGAUGCAGGCGCGCGAGAAGCGCGCCGGUGUCAUUUGA